UUGCUGUCUGAAAACGGGCUGCUGAGCGGAAGUCAUCGCUCGACCAGAUUCAACUGUCGCUUUUUGCGAGUUUAUCUUUCAAAUACGACUCGAUUAACGCAGGAAAAAAAACAGAAACAUAAAGACGACGUCGGCCGAAAACCCCAGAGAUGGCGCAGGAAAAUAUUUUCUUCUUUGUUCCCAAUUUAAUCGGUUACGCCCGCGUCGUCUUGGCCCUGCUGUCUUUCUACUUGAUGCCCUGCUGUCCGUGGCCCGCCGUCGUCUUCUACCUGCUCAGCGGCCUCCUCGACGCUUUCGACGGCCACGCUGCACGGGCGCUUAAUCAGUCCACCAAGUUUGGAGCCAUGUUGGACAUGCUGACAGACCGCUGUGCCACCAUGUGUCUGCUGGUGAACCUGUCCCUCAUCUACCCCUCCUACACCUUCCUGUUCCAGCUCAGCAUGUGCCUGGACAUCGCCAGCCACUGGCUGCACCUGCACAGCUCAACGAUAAAGGGAUCGGCCAGUCACAAGACCAUCGACCUCUCCGGCAACCCUGUCCUCCGCAUCUACUACACGUCCAAGCCGGUGCUGUUCGUGAUGUGCGCUGGGAACGAGCUCUUCUUCUGUCUGCUCUACGUCCUCCAUCACAUCCAGGAGCCUGCCGCCUGGCUCUACUGGCUGCAGGGUCUCUGCGGGACGAUCUGCCUGAUGAAGUCCGGCAUCAGCCUCCUGCACCUCAUCACCGCCUCCCAGAACAUGGCCGCCCUGGACGCCGCCGAGCGGGAGAAAAGCGCGAAGACGCAGUGAGGGAGGAGUCGGUGAGAGCUUCAGCAACAAAUCCACCACGGUUUUAUUUAUCAUUGUUUUAAGGGUAACGGUAAACUACGGUGACUAAAAUUAGACGUGAAACACAGCGAACCCGCUUCAGUUCGUCACACGACAUCAGAAAGAACGUUUUAUGACCAAAAAUCACAACAUUCGAACUCCAAAUCCAGACAGGUGAGAGUCUGAAAGGUGGAUUAUUUACUUUCCACAGACAGAACACGACUUUAACGGUUUCCACGGUUGGUUUUUAUUUUACAGGCGUACAGUAAAGGCAGGCACAACAUAAACUGAUAUCACAAUGUAAAAGUAGAUAUAUUGUCAUAGAGGCCUUUUAUUAAUAUCACUCACUACUAGAUGUAUGUGUGGAGUAUUUGUUCGUGGACAUUUCUAGCCUCACUUCGUCCCUCUCGUGAAUCAUUUACAUUUGGUUUGUGCAAUGUAGCGUUGUUCAUACAGAAUAACAUCUUUCUGUUUCUCUCCUGUCACACAAAACAAACAGCGAAGAUCAGAAGACGUUAUUACAGUUUGAAUAUAGAAUAUAAUAUUAGUCUCGCGACGCUUCGGGAGAAACGAGCGGCGGAGCUACGUCCGUCUGGCUCGGCUCAGCAGGUGAUUGUUUGUUUGAAUGAUCGAUUUUAAAAGCGGAGGAGAAACUCGCCGCAGGAAGCAGGUUUCCCUGAGUCUGCGCGGAGCUGAAGUACGUUUUAAAGCUCAUAUUGAUCGUGCAAGCGCUAACCGCUUCAGUGAGGGGGAAACCCCGGGGCGGCCAUCUUUGUUUGGAUCAGGAAACCCCAACUUCAGAAACGGUUAAAAAUGUUUUUCACCGUGCAGCAGAAGAAACAUUAUUUUAACCAGAUCAUCAUCAUCAGAGGAGGAGGAGGAGGAAACCCGUCAGAAGGGUUCGGAUUGUUGGUAGCAGUUUUCAGAAAGACUGAUCCUUAGAAGCACAAACUGGCGCUGGACGUUACAGCAGGUUAGCUCUUUGUAGCAUUGUCAUCUGCUUCAGUUGUAAUAAUGUGAAGGUGUUCAGCAGUCAGAGAGCCCGGCGCUGUUUUCAUCCGCUCACAGGAAGUGAACAAACGUCUCGCUCUGAUUCCACAGUUUGGUCGCAUCGGUCGUUCUGCGCGAGGCUGCUGGUGUUUUGUUCAGUUAGCGGUUUGGUUUUACUCAUCGGACAAUCGGACUAACUCGAAUAUCACAGUUAUUUAGGAAUGCGUCAGUGGCAGAGUUUGGUAAAUGAUGGAGAGAGUGAAACUAGAGUAAACGCUGCUGAUGGCGCCAACAGAAGCUGAUGGAUAUUUGGAUAGCUGCGGUACCACAUACUGCGCCGCCCUUUAUGGCUUCGUUAAUGGGGAAUCAAUCUUUAAAUAAUGCUCUUAUAGAUCAGUUAUGAACCGCUAAUUCCAAACGUCGGGACGGCCAGUUUGUAAAAUGUGAGUAGGUCGCUCGCAGAUGCAGUAAUCCAUCGAGUCUGCAGCUGCAAGCGUUCGGAGAGAUGAAACGACGAGUCGAUCUACAGAAAGCGAACCUGAGCGGGAACGAACCGGUUCCGUCUCCUCGCACGAGGGUUUUUGAUGGAUCUUCGUCCUCUGUGAUGUUAAAUUUAACGUCUUUGAGCUUCGGACCGUUGGUCGACAAAAUAAGACGUUUGAAUUCGUCGACUCUGGGAAACUGUGACGGACAUUUCUUCACUUUUUAAAUUUAUUUUUUUGACGUUUUAUGGACCAAAUGAUUAACGACACAUUAAUCGAUGGAGAAAAUAAUCGUUAGUUGCAGCCCUGAAGUCGUUAAUAAGCGGGGUCGACGAAGCUUCUAACCGAUCUGUGAAACAUUCGUAAGAGCUUUUAUCGACGAGUAUUAAAGCCAUUAGUUUGACGGAUCAACACUUUGCUUGCGCUCACCUUUUAUUCCAAACCGAGUUGUUUUUAUUGUUCUUUUGAUUUUUAUAAAGAUGAAAUCGUGUUCCUGAAAUCUUCGACAGACCAAAAAAAAACGAAGUUGAUGCAGACGACAUCCUGUUGUUCUCGUUAAAAGAAAGAAAUGACAAACUUUUACUUUUAAAACAAAAAGCCGUUUGUUUUCAUGACGAAGCUCUCGGUUCUUAAAUAUUUCUAUCACUGUUUUUGCUGCUGCUCAUUUCCUCAGAUUCCUGCUGAUAUUUGGUGUCGAUGAACCUGUGAUUGUCGCACUAGAGGGAUGUUGAUCAGUUUCGAGCUUAUUUGACUUUUAAGAUGAUGUUUCUUUGUGGUAGAAGAGACGUGUUUCCUUUUAGUUUUAGUCUACUUAGAAACAAAUAGAAAGUUAUGCAGGACAUAAGUUUUACCUCACGUGAAGAGCACCGAGUUUAAUCCCUCAUGGUUUUGUGUUGUUUUUUUUAAAGUCGCUGACUGUGAGUUUGUGCCGCUGCUGGACUACUGUAAAGUUUUAAUGCAGAAUGUGUGUGAAAAGUGUUGAAAUAUAAACAUUCGCCUCUUGUUUCUGAUUCACCGAAUGUAUUAUUAUUAUAACAUACAGAUGUAUAUCAACAGCAAAGCCAAGUCUAAUGUUAUAUUUAAGAGACACCAGUUGUUUUAAUUAAUAUAUUUGAUGGUUAUUUUGUUUGGAGGCUUGGAUUUACUGUAAAAAUCAGCCACAAAAUAAAGACAAUGAAAACCAGA